AUGGACGUUCUCCGAUUCACCGGAGCAACAUUCACCGGCACAGCAUUCACCGUUGUUCGUUUCGACGCCAUUAAACCUGGCGCAAAAUUAAAAACAAAACGAACUAGGUUUAUUAGUGGUACCAUUACUAAACCAGCGGCGGUUGUUACGGCAGCGGAGUCUUUGAAAAUUUCAAAGACUGAUGAUACAUUGAUACCAGUAGUACAUCCGAGUUCGUUACAAUGCGAGGAAGGUUAUUUGUUACCGAAUUAUCCACGUGGUGAAAUCGGUUACAAUUACGUCAAAGAAAUAUUGACGUCCAAAGUGUAUGAAUUAGCUGAGGAGACGCCAUUGCAGCGUGCACAUAAGUUAUCAGAGAGGUUAGGGGUAAAUAUAUGGCUCAAACGUGAAGAUCUUCAUCCGGUCUUCUCAUUCAAGGUCAGAGGAUCUUACCAUAUGAUGGCAAAACUCUCAAAGGAGCAGUUAGAAAAGGGCGUUAUAUGCUCAUCAGCGGGAAAUCAUGCACAAGGUGUUGCAUUAGCUGCCAAGAAACUCGGCUGCAAUGCUGUGAUUGUGAUGCCCGUUACUACGCCAGAAAUUAAAUGGAAAUCAGUUGAGAGAUUGGGUGCUACUGUUGUUCGUGUGGGGGAUACAUACGAAGAAGCACAAGCAUAUGCUGUAGCUCAGGGCAAAGAAGAAGGACGUGCAUUCGUCUCUCCCUUUGAUCACCCUGAUAUCAUAAUAGGGCAAGGUACGGUUGGAAUGGAGAUCAACCGCCAAUUCAAAGAUAAGAUACACGCGAUAUUUGUGCCUAUUGGUGGAGGGGGUCUUAUAGCUGGCAUUGCUGCUUAUAUGAAAAAAGUCUCCCCUGAUACGAAGAUUAUUGGUGUUGAGCCAGUCGAUUCCAAUUCAAUGGCAUUGGCAUUACACCACGGUCAAAGAGUAAUGCUGGAAAAAGUUGGAUCUUUUGCAGAUGCAGUAGCUAUUAGAAUGGUUGGUGAAGAAAGUUUCCGUCUCUGCAAGGAACUAAUAGAUGGGAUCGUCCUAGUUAAUCAUGAUUCUAUAAGUGCAUCGAUAAAGGACAUGUUCGAAGAGAAAAGAAGCAUACUAGAGCCAGCUGGUGCACUUGCCCUAGCUGGAGCUGAAGCAUACUGUAAGUACUAUGGUGUAAAGGGAGAAAACAUCGUAGCAAUAACUAGUGGAGCCAACAUGAACUUUGACAGACUUAGAUUGGUAACUGAACUCGCGGAUGUUGGUAGACAGAGGGAAGCUGUUCUCUCUACUUAUAUGGCUGAAGAACGAGGCAGCUUCAAAAAGUUCUACGAGAUGGUGGGACAUACUAAUAUUACUGAAUUGAAGUACAGAUAUGAUUCUGAGAAAGAAAAUGCUCGAGUAUUUUACAGAGUUGGUCUUCACACGAAAGUUGAACUCGAAGAAAUGGUAGACAGGAUGGAAUCAUCACAACUGCAUACGAUUAAUUAUACAGAUAAUGAAUUGGUUAAAGAUCAUCUAAGACAUCUGAUAGGUGGGAGAUCAGAUGUACAUAAUGAGCAACUCUGUCGAUUCAUUUUCCCAGACAAGCCGGGUGUUUUGAUGAAGUUUUUAGACGCUUUCAGCCCAAGUUGGAAUAUAAGUUUGUUACAUUACCGUGCACAGGGAGAAACUGGUGGGAAUGUGCUAAUCGGACUCCAAGUUCCACAGAACGAGGUUGAUAAAUUCAGGGGUCGAGCUGAGAGUCUUGGUUAUGUGUAUGUUGUGGAGACUCUCAAUGAAGCUUUCCAGCAACUAAUGCAUUGA